AUGUCGUCCUCCGCGAGCGACGCCGACGCCGAUCCCCUCGCCGGCGCCUCCCCGGCCGCGCGCGUGCUCGGCCGCGCCCUCGACAAGGUCAUCAAGCACUCCUCCUGGCGCAAGCACUCCGCGCUCGUCUCCGCCGCCAAGUCCGCCAUCGACCUCCUCUCCUCCGCCCCCACCUCCACCCCCACCCCCUCACCCCCCUCCCCCAUCCCCACCCUCCCGGCCCCGGUCGCCUCGGCGGCGCUCCAGGCGCUGCUCCUCGCGCUCGAUCCCGGCUCCCCAAAGGUGGCCUCCCCCGCGCUCGACUGCGUCGCCACCCUCCUCUCCCUCCGCCUCCUCCACGGCGACGUCACCCCCGCCUCCCCCGCCCCGCUCUCCGCCCUCUUCGCCGCGUCCCUCUCCUGCGCGGGCCUCGGCGACGAGGCCCUCGAGCUCGCCGCGCUGCGCGCGCUCCUCGCCUUCGCGCGCUGCCCCGCGGCCCCCGUCCGCGGGGACUGCCUCGGCCAGCUCCUCCGGGCCUGCUACAACCUCUACCUCGGCAGCGCCAGCGGCGGCAACCAGCUCUGCGCCAAGCUCGCGCUCGCGCAGGUGCUGCUGCUCGCCUUCGCGCGCGUCGAGGCGGAUGCCAUGGACGUGCGCGUGCGCACCGUGGCAGCCGCCGACAUGAUGGACCUCUCCGACCGCAGCCUCAACGACUCCAGCGUCGUGCAGGCCGCGCAGGCGUUUAUUAACGAGGCCAUGGAGGGCAGCGACGAGCCCGAGGAGGCGACCUCCGCGGCGGCGGCUGGGCCGGACGAGGGGGAGGACGAGGGGAUGAGCAGGAUCAGGGAGGAUGGGCUCGCCUUGUUCAAAAACCUCUGCAAACUCUCCAUGAAGUUUGCCACGCCCGAUAACCCGGACGAGCCCCUACUUCUCCGGGGGAAGGUGCUGUCACUCGAGCUGCUCCGGAUGGUCAUUGACAACGCAGGGCCCUUCUGGAAGACCAGCGAGAAGUAUGUUGAAGCAAUUAAGCAGUACCUUUGUCUAUCCUUAUUGAAGAACAGUGCCAUGUCAGCUAUGAGCGUUUACCAGCUUUUGUGCUCCAUUUUUAUGGGUCUUUUGUUAAGGUUUAGAUCUGCUUUGAAAGAGGAAAUUGGAAUAUUUUUUCCUAUGCUUGUUCUGAGAGUUCUUGAAAAUGUCCUUCAGCCUAGUUUCUUGCAAAAAAUGACAGUUCUGAACUUUCUGGAGAAGAUCUGUAAAGAACCUCAGGUUACUAUCGAUAUCUUUGUGAACUAUGAUUGUGAUGUUGAUGCACCAAACAUUUUUGAAAGGAUUGUCAACGGACUUCUAAAAACAGCUUUGGGUGUCCCUGAUGGAUCAACAACGACACUGACUGUGGCACAAGACCAAACUUUUCGGAUUGAAUCUGUGAAGUGCCUUGCCACUGUUAUUAAGUCAAUGGGUUCAUGGAUGGACCAGCAACUGAGAAUUGGUGAAAGUUCUGAAGUACUAAGUUCAGUGGACAAUCAUAACAGUCAAAAUGGAGAAGAAGGGACAGGAAUGGAUCAUGACAUGCAAUCUGAGUCUAGUAGCUCUGAUGUGUCUGAUUCUUCCACACUCGAGCAACGGCGUGCUUAUAAAAUAGAACUUCAGAAAGGAAUUGCCUUGUUUAACAGAAAACCAUCUAAAGGUAUUGACUUUCUCAUUCGAAGCAAGAAGAUAGGCCAGUUGCCGGAAGAUGUGGCUUCUUUUUUGAUAAGCACUGCUGGCCUAAAUGCAACAAUGGUUGGAGACUAUUUGGGUGAAAGAGACGAGUUUCCCCUCAAAGUCAUGCAUGCUUAUGUGGAUGCACUAAACUUUGAUGGGAUGGAUUUUGGUGAGGCAAUUAGAUUCUUCUUGCAAGGUUUCAGGUUACCAGGGGAAGCACAGAAAAUUGACAGAAUUAUGGAAAAAUUUGCUGAACGCUACUGCAAAUGCAACCCAAAUGUUUUUACCAGUGCAGAUACCGCUUAUAUUCUUGCUUAUUCCGUGAUCUUGCUAAACACUGAUGCUCACAGUGUCAUGGUGAAGGAUAAGAUGUCUAAGGCUGAUUUUAUGCGCAAUAAUCGGGGAAUUGAUGAUGGGAAGGAUUUGCCUGAAGCUUACUUAAGUACAUUGUACGACCAAAUUGUCAGCAAUGAGAUCAAAAUGACUGCUGAUUCUUUGGCCGCACAAUCCAAGCAAACCAACAGCAUGAGUAAGCUUCUAGGCUUAGAUAACAUCAUCAACUUUGUCAACUGGGGACAGACAGAAGACAAGGCGCACGGGGCAAAUGACUUGCUCAUUAAGCACAUACAGGACAAAUUUAAAGCAAAACACGGGAAAUCAGAGUCCGUGUUUUAUGUUGUUGCUGAUGCAACAAUUUUAAGGUUCAUGAUGGAGGCCUGUUGGGCUCCUUUGAUGGCUGCAUUCACAGUGACUCUAGACCAAAGUAAUGAUAAGGCUGCUACAUCUCAGUGUUUAAAUGGAUUGAGAUCUGCGGUGCAUGUCACCUCUGUCAUGUGCCUGCAGACACAAAGAGAUGCUUUUUUGACAUCCAUAGCCAAAUUCACAUCCCUCCAUUCUGCUGCAGACAUGAAACAGAAAAAUGUUGAUGCUGUUAAGGCUAUAAUUUCCAUCGCAAUCGAAGAUGGAAAUUAUUUGCAGGAAGCUUGGGAGCACGUAUUAACAUGUUUAUCACGGUUUGAACAUUUACAUUUGCUUGGAGAAGGGGUGCCUACUGAUGCUUCAUUUCUUACAGUACCUAUCGUUGAGUCAGAAGGAAAAAAACAGAUAUCUGCUUCUGUUGUACCUCCAAAGAGAGCCAAUGCUCUUCAGAAUCCUGCCAUGAUGGCUGCUGUUAGAGGGGGUUCUUAUGACAGCACUGUGGCAAAAACCAGUGCCUCAGAUAUGGUUUCUCCUGAACAGAUCAAUAAUUUCAUAUCAAACAUACAUUUGUUGGAUCAGAUAGGCAUUGUUGAGUUAAAUCACAUAUUUGCCCACAGUCAGAGGUUAAACAGUGAUGCCAUUGUUGCUUUUGUGAAAGCUCUUUGCAAGGUCUCAAUGACUGAGUUGCAGUCUCCGUCAGAUCCUCGUAUCUUCUGCCUUACAAAAAUAGUAGAGAUUGCGCAUUACAAUAUCAACCGCAUACGCUUGGUGUGGUCUCGAAUUUGGAAAGUUCUGUCAGAAUUUUUCGUUUCUGUCGGAUUACUAGAAAAUCUUUCUGUUGCAAUAUUUGUAAUGGACUCUCUGAGGCAGCUGUCAAUGAAGUUUUUGGAAAGAGAAGAACUGGCAAAUUACAACUUUCAAAAUGAGUUCCUUAAACCCUUUGUGGUUGUUAUGGAGAAGAGUGAUGUUCCAGAAGUACGAGAGCUGAUUGUUCGGUGUGUCUCACAGAUGGUUCUAAGUCGGGUUAACAACAUAAAAUCUGGCUGGAAGGGUGUUUUUACGGUUUUUACUGCUGCUGCAGCUGAUGGUACGAAAAGUACUGUCCUAGUGGCAUUUGGGACUAUGGAAAGAAUUGUCCGUGAUUACUUUCGAUACAUAACUGAGACAGAUGCCACAACAUUUACUGAUUGUGUCCACUGUCUUAUUGCAUUUACAAGUAGCCAGUUCAAUAGCGAGGCCAGUCUCAAUGCUAUUGCAUUUCUCCGAUUCUGUGCUGUUAAACUUGCCGAAGAAGGGUUUGUUUGUCAGGAUAGGCUUAGUACCGACAUGUUGGAUGGAAAUGCCACUCUGAACAAGAAUGAUUCUGUUUCCUUCUGGGUUCCUCUCCUUGCAGGUUUAGCCAGAUUGACAACUGAUCCGAGGCUUACUAUUGGGAAAAGUGCUGUAGGCGUGCUUUUUGACAUUUUGAAGGAUCAUGGACACCUCUUCUCGCAGUCCUUUUGGACUAAUAUAUUUGAAUCUGUCAUUUAUCCUCUAUUUAGCAGUCAAAUGUCUAGGGUCAGUGAUCGGACCUUAACAUCAAAUGGUACCGAGGAUGAGUUUUCAACACUUGAAACACAAACAUUGGCGGUGAAAUCUUUGGUGGUUGUAUUUGUCAAUUUCUUUGAUGUGACGCGGCCAGAACUUGCUAGAAUUGCAUCUGUUGUCACGUAUUUUAUCAGAAGUCCAUAUAAACAUUCUGCUACCAUUGGUGUAUCUGCUUGGAUGCGUUUAGCAGAGGGAGUUGGUAGUAAACUGUCAAAGGAGGAAUGGAAAGAUAUUCUUCUAUGCUUCAAAGAAUCGUCGUCACAUACCUUUGUUGUAUUCUCUAAAAUUGUAAGGAUGAUGCAAGACAUUGACAUUCCAGAUAAAACAGAAUCUUAUUCAGAAACCGAUCAGUAUUCAGAUCAUGAAAAUUAUAGUAAUGAUGAAGAGGAAGCUAAUAUGGAGACAACUUCUUACGCUAUUGUCAAACUGAAGAAUCAUAUGGCCCUACAACUCUUAGUUGUUCAGGGCAUUAUUAAAUUGUAUGAGGAGCAGGGAAAAUAUCUUCAUGCGGAGCACAUUAGCAUUCUUUUGGAGAUGAUAUCAGCGAUUGCAACACAUGCAAGUGAAGUGAGCUCCGAUUCCUUAUUACAGAUGAAAUUCCAUAAGGCAUGUUCCCUUUUGGAGGCAUCUGAGCCAGCAGUUGUCCAUUUUGAGAAUGAGACAUACCAGAGCUACCUCAAGCUUCUCCAAUCUCUGCUCCAUGGGUAUCCAUUCUUAUCGGAAGACAUGAAGAUAGAGUCAAGAAUACUUGAUGCUUGUGAGCAAAUACUGCGGACAUAUCUAAAGUGUGCAGGGCAUGGGCAAUCUGAUGAAGCUUCUGACAGUGAUCCAGCUUUGCAUCGCGUAGUGCCACUGGGCCCUGCCAAGAAAGAGGAACUGGCUGCUAGGACUCCUUUGGUUCUUCAAGUGAUGCAGUUACUGUCUAACCUAGAGAAGAAAUCGUUUAGGAGAGUACUGCCCCGCUUUUUCCCUGUGUUGGUUGAUCUGAUUCGCUGUGAGCAUAGCUCUGGAGAUGUUCAACACGCGCUGUACACAAUCUUCAGAUCAUCAAUAGGUCCCAUGAUACAAGUAUAAUUGCACACUCCCAUUCAGCAAGGUGUACAAUUGUUUGACUCCAUUUUGACGACUAGUCCAAUAACCUACAGUGGACCAUACAUACAUUUGGGUAUCCUGGUUGAGGCCUUUCCUUCAGGAUCCUAGAGUUCAAGUGCCAUAUUACCUGUCCAGAUAUCCGGCAGAAAGAAAAGUAUCCUUUUUGCCUACAUUCACUUCAAACAAUGAGUUGCAUCGGCUGGAUAUGACUUGGCACUUUUGUGAGCGUGGUAUGUGCUGAGGUAAUUAAUUCAUGUCCUUGUGAUGCGGAAGGAUUUUGUGCUCCCAUUCCAUCAAUAGCAUUUCCCUUAAACUUAGGGCAAACUGUACAUAGUAAUGUUGUCCCAAGGCAUUGGCUGUGCUACUAGAGAAAUCCAUUUGAAGCUACGAUUGUUUUGUAAUAUCCUAUUUCCCCCACACAAUACGAUUUUAUCAAUGGUAGGUUGUGUUUGUAAUUCUUUUUUGUCCAUAUAUAAAUGGAUGACAAUAGUACAGGAAAUAGUUGUUGCUUGGUCGUGUAAAUGGAUGGAAAUACUAGCUGUUGUUUAGGCAGAUGAG